CCCAUGGCGAAGCCCGCGAGCAGCGCUAUGGCCACGUUAGCCCGGCUGCAGGCCAGGUCCGCGAGUGUAGCCCGCCAGUACUACUACAGAAACAGUGUUGUCGAUGUAUUUCGAAAAAAGGAGAAUGAUGCAGCGGUUAAAAUCCAGAGCUGGUUUCGAGGAUGUCGAGUUCGAGCAUAUAUCAGGUACUUACACAGAGCAGCAACAGUUAUUCAAAAACGAUGGAGAGGUUACUUAGGCAGACAACAUUAUCAACUAAUUGUGAAGUUAGCAUAUUACACUAUGAAGAUGAAUCUCUACAAUGCAAUGGCUGUCAGGAUUCAGAGACGGUGGCGAGGUUACAAGAUUCGGAAAUACUGCUUUAAUUAUUACUAUUUGAAGGCGUACCUGAAAGCUGUCUCAGAGACCAAUGAAGCCGUUAGGGAGGCACUGGAGGAGUUUGCAGACAUGAAAGAAAGAGAAGAGAGGAAAGCCGACCUCGAAAAGGAAGAGAAGAAAAGAGAUUACCAAGCCCGAAAGACGCAUUACCUCCUCAGCACAAAGCAGAUUCCAGGAGUAUACAACUCACCAUUCAGAAAGGAUCCUGACCCCCGGGAGCUGAGGUUACAGAAGGCGAAGCCUUUAACGCACCCAAGACCUAAAGUGACACCCAAGCACUCUGUCAGCCUUAGAAACUGGCUCGAGUGCACCAGGGCCCGGUCCUUUCCUCGAUCUGCGGUUCUGCCACCCAUCGACAGGAAACCGUGUCAGGGACCCUUCCGUGACAUCGCGGAAGUCUUGGCGCAGCGCUACAAGCCCCUGGAGCCGACGCUGCGGGUGGCAGAACCCACUGAUGGUCCCAAGGAGGCCAGAGCGGAGCUCCAGAGGCAGGAAUGGACGCGAAAUGUGCAGGACAAUCUGUUUUUGCCGUUUUCUUCCUACCAUAAAAGUAAAAAGCACAUCCCGGCAAUGCAUUUAUCAAGCAAGUAUGGUCCUGAUUCUUACGGAAGCCAACAUUUCCGAGAAAAAAAUCCUGAGAGAUGGAUCUGUGACAAGGAUUUCCAAACUGUGUUACCAGCAUUUGAUCUCUUCUCCGCGUAUGGAAAAUUAUAUUCAAAAGCUGGACAAAUUGUAUAAAGGGUGAAGUUGGUUUUGUGGCUGUUUUGCCACCUUUUUCUCCUCCUGGGCUGUCAGACUUCUAAGGAGACCUGGAGGGAGAAAGCUUGAAGAACUUGUUAGUCCACAGCUGCCUCCCUGUCGAGGAUGGUGGGUUUGAUUAAAGGGGAGCGCCCCCCUGGAUUUCACAGUUCACAUCAAUCACGUUGAUCAGCCCCCGAAAGGCAACAUAUUGUCUGGGACUCGGCCAAGGAGGGUUAUCAAUUUCACAAUUGCACUUAUGUCUUUCAGCCAAGAACUAGUUUAUUUUUGGCUACUGGAGUCUGAGAGGCUUUGGAGCUGCGUUUACACUUUCCAGCUUUACACCAGUCUCUCAGCAAUAACUUUCUCUUUAGUCAAAUAGAAGCAUCCUAACAGAGUGAAUUAGAAUUAGCUCUACUACGCAUUCCUUACCUAAGAGCCUUGUUUUAUGUGUUGACAGAGUUGGGAGGGGUUUUUUUUCUUUCCUGUUAUUAAUUCUUAUUCGCACAAAGAGAGAUCUCUUGGUGGAGGGGAUCUCCUUUCAAACAAAGCUCUGGGAAAACAGCACCAUCAGAAUGGCAUUAGUCUAAGAAAAGCUGAAGAAUUGCUUGCCUCUUCAGGGUCUGAUCAGGCUGAUAGCAAUAAUAAUAAUAAUAAAAAUGGUAAUAAUAUCAAUCACAGUAUGAGAAAGUUAGCCCUAAUGGUUACGUCCAUUUUUGGUGUCAGGUGUAUUGUAUGUCUUAAUAUUAUUUUAAGUAGUUUUUAAUAUUGCACUUCGCAAAUUAUGUAGAAUCUCUUCUAUAUUGUAUCUUAGGACCCCAUCAAAACUAUGUCUAAUUUCGAUGACAUAAUUUGCUCAAAUGCAAUUCUGACCUGUGAUAACUUUGUAUUAUAACUUCACCUU